GCAGCACCUGUCGUCCCAACAUCCUUUGCGUGUCCAAUAUGGAGGAACUGGCGGUGGAGGUCCGCGGCUCCAACGGGGCUUAUUACAAGGGCCUUGUCAAAGACAUCCACGAUGACUCUCUCACCAUUGCCUUCGAGAACAAUUGGCAGCCAGAACGCCAGGUGCCCUUCAAUGAUGUCAGGUUGCCCCCAGCCGCCGACGCCAAGAAGGAGAUUGGGGAGGGCGAGGAGGUGGAGAUCCUCUCCAGAGCCAAUGAUCAGGAGCCCUGUGGUUGGUGGCUGGCGAAAGUUUGCAUGAUGAAGGGAGACUUCUAUGUGAUUGAGUACGCAGCGUUUGAUGCCACCUACAAUGAGAUUGUGACCUUUGAGCGUGUGCGUCCAGUCAACCCCAACAAGGCCAUCACCAAGAACUCCUUUUUCAAGUGCUCUGUCCCUGUUCCUCAGGACCUACAAGAUGCGUGCCAGAGUGAGAACGCCCAUAAGGAAUUCAAGAAGGCCGUGGGAGCUCUCACUGUGUCUUACUGCCCAGAGACCAGCCAACUAGUGAUUGUGUCCACCAAUGAGACGACAGUGAAGCGUGUGUCUCUGCUGAGUGACAUGCACCUGCGCAGUCUCAGGACCAAGCUGCUUCUGAUGUCACGCAACCAGGAAGCUACAAAACACCUGGAGAGCUCCAGGCAGCUGGUGUCGUCCUGCCAGGAGGAGUUCGUUGUGAGGAUGGAUCUGAUGGGUCUGGCCAUCGGCACCCACGGCAACAACAUCCAGCAAGCUCGCAAAGUUCCAGGUGUCACGGCCAUCGAGCUGGACGAGGAGACUGGCACUUUCAGGAUUUACGGCGAGAAUGCAGAGGCGGUGAAGAAGGCCAGGGGCUUCCUGGAGUUCCUGGAGGAUUCUGUCCAGGUGCCAAGGAGCUUCGUUGGCAAAGUGAUCGGUAAGAAUGGAAAAGUCAUCCAGGAGAUUGUGGACAAGGCCGGUGUGGUGAGGGUGAGGAUAGAAGGAGACAAGGACAACAAGGACAACAAGGACAACAAGGACAACAAGGACAACAAGGACAACAAGCAGCCCAAACAGGAAGUGACACAGGGAAUGGUCCCCUUCACUUUUGUUGGUACCAAGGAGAGUAUUGGCAAUGUUCAGGUGUUGCUGGAGUAUCACAUCUCAUACCUCAAUGAAGUUGAGCAGCUUCGUCUGGAGAGGAUGCAGAUUGACGAGCAGUUGCGUCAGGUCACCCAGGGUCAGAGGGGGGAGAGAGGAGAGAGGGGCGAGAGAGGAGAGAGGGGGGACAGAGGAGACAGGGGGGACAGAGGAGAGAGGGGGGACAGAGGAGGAGCGUACAAUGCAGAUGGAAGCGCCAAUGCCUCCUCGUCCACCGUACAUGCCGGCCGCUCCUACAACAGUCGUGGCCGUGGACGCAGAGGCAACAGCUACAGCACUGGAUAUGGUACCAACUCAGAGCAGUCCAACGCCUCUGAGACCGACUCAGAGCGCAAGGAUGAGCUCAGUGAUUGGUCCCUGGCUGGGGAGGACCAGGACAGGGACAGGGAGAGAGGCCAGCGGCCACAGAGAGAUAGCCGUCGGAGGCCAGGACCCGGCAGAGGCCGUGGAGGAAGAGGAAGAGGAGGACGAGGAUACAGCAACAGUUAUGCAGGGCCCCAGGGCCACGAGGAUAACCAUGCCUACGGAGUCCUGGAGACCAACACGGAGACCGACCACACAGCCGAUACGGAUGCUAGCGAGUCCAACCUGCCCACAACCCGCCGCAGAAGGUCUCGGCGACGCAGAACCGACGAGGACGCCACACUGAUGGACGGCAUGAGCGAGUCGGACAACGCCUCAAUGAGUGAAAAUGGAAUAGAUGACCCGGAAGCUAAAUCUCAGCGUCGUAACCGUAGUCGACGUCGGCGCGCCCGCCUGCCUGAGGAGAGGCAGCCAGUGACUGUGGCUGACUACAUAUCCAGGGCUGAAUCUCAGAGCAGACAGUUGAGCUCCACCGACCCCAAGAAGAAAAAUAAGGAUGUGACUCAGGUGGAGGCCAUCGCUGAGCACAGCCCGCCUCCUCCCCCGGCGACCACCAACGGCUCCAACAACAGCGCCGCCGCUGCCGACGGCGGCGAGGGAACCAGCAAAGCUCCCAGGUCUCCCAGUGAGAGGCCGGCCAAAGUGUCCUACGAGGACCCGAGCCCACAGCCCGCUGUCAACGGACUCUCCUAGUCAGACCGCAUCAAAGGAAAUGGUUUCAAAUAUUUGAACAUGUUUGGCUGCACUGAAUUUAAUCUCACUAUCUCUAGAGCAGCCGUCGUCUAAAUACAAAAAGCACUGUUCUUUUUUUCUUCUUACGUUACGAAUAUUUGAAACCUGUUUUCACUGUGCAAGUUUUAGAGGUUUAACCCUAAACCCCAUUUUACAUGUGUUCUGUUCCAACUAUCCACUUUACUACAUUUUUUUUUUACAAUAGUUCUUCCUGUAUGAGCUUGCCAAAGAUAGUCAAACACACUCAGACGUACAUACAUCUCUAUUCUACUGUUCCUCUCAGUCCACUCUUCAUUGAGAGCUCAGGGGGAGGUCGGACUGAAUGCAGUAUUUGUAAAAAAAAACAAACGCAGACAGGGAUUCAGUUCGAACCCGUGACUGUGGUAUGACUUCAGCAGUUGUGUUUUUAUUGGUAUAAAUAACAUCAUAGCAGGGUUUUAGAAUAAGAAAUCAUGCCUUUUAACAGGCAGACGCAGAAAGAUGCUUCCACAGGAUGUUUUAUGAAAUCUGAAGUCGUCUGGAGCUUCAGCGUUCUGCAUGAGCAGCGGCUCAGUGCAGGCAGGUGUCGGAACCCCCCUCCCCCCCUCCCCCCCAAGUAUGUAAGACAUACACGUGAUCAGCUGUUGUGCCUUGAGAGUAGAUUCAACAUGUCGUUGCCUGGCUCUGCACACCACCUGAGAUCCUGCUCACUCAUUUCAAUGUCACUCGUCGCCUCCACCUGUCACAGUGGAACCAGAGCAGCCGUCUCCUUUGUGCUACCGGCACCGUCGGCAGGUGCAGGCCGACACUGAGACCCUGGUAGGAUGUCAGAGGCAUAUCUUUUUUAAUUCAGGUGUGUCUAUUCUUAAUGUUUGUGGGGCAAAUGAGUCCAGUUAUCUGAGUUUGACGUUAGCUGCUUUGUUUUUCAAUAUGCAACCACUUUGGUCAUAGAAGACAAAUGUUAUUACAGAGUGUCUGGAGAGGAAACAAACAAUGGAGGAGUUGUUUUCUUUGCACUGAAACUUAACCUUUUUCUUUGUUUAAAAAAACCAGUUGAUUGUAGUCGAGUCUGGAAAGUGACCUGUUACUGUUUCGUGCUGGACAGAGAUGUAGCCUUCAGUGCUGGGUUUCCUGGAAACAUCCCGUUUUUUAACAUCUAAGUUUUCAUCGAUUAGGACUUGAUGCUGUUUUCCUUCCAGAAAUCUACUGGAAUUAACAGAUUCAAAGCAUGUUGUUUGUCUUUUGAGAUUUCCCCUCUCCGGUUCCCACUGGAACAGAAACCCUGUCCCAGCAGCGAGAACCAGACGAGCCGCGUGUUCGAGAUGUUUCUGGAAAAACCAAGCAAGUGUCAUUUUCACGAUUCUUCCACAGACCAACUGGUUGGAAACUGGUCAUGACUGUUCCAUUAAGGAAGGAGAUUUAUUUGGUUUAUUUAUUUAAAAAGUGUACAGUAUUUUAAAAAAACAAAAGGAAAAAAAAACAAGAGAAGCUCUUCAUUUUCUUGACACUAAACAACAUGUUGCCGAGGGGUUUAUUUUGGAGACAUAAGACAAUUUGGACUACUGAGGGUUGUGACAUCCAGUAUGUUUUUUUUAAGGAUCAUUCUGGUUGGUUGAUGUGCAAUAUGUUUUGUAUGCAGGUAGUUCUUAAAUAAACUUGAUCUUCUGUAUAGAUCUAA